AUGUUCAUUCCGAUUCCUUCAUGGAGUGAUGAUCAUCACGUGGUGAAUAAUCCUCCGAUAAAUGAUGAUCAAUCCAGUGAUGAUCAUGAAACGUCUACAAACAAUUUAAAUCAUGUAAAAUUUCCAUCAUAUGAUUAUAGUUACCUUAUUGAAAAACAAAAAUUGGAGAAUACAUUUAAUACUGCAUUUAUUGGUGGUAAUGAUCAAACAGAGUUUAAGAAGUAUGAUAAAUGUAUUAGUAAUUUUAAAUUGGAUUCAGUGUCAUCUCACUAUUGCGAGAAUAGUAAACCAUACAUAUCAAAUAACAAAUACUUGAAUGAACUCUAUCAUAUUUAUAUUAAUGAUGAAAAAAAAAUUGAAUUGAAUAAUAUUAAUCAUUUUUACAAUAAUACUUGGAAGAAUGUUAAUUUGGAAAAUGGGUGUAUUCAUUCUAUUGAAAAUCAUUUAAGAUCAGUUACUGUUUAUGGAAAAAAUACUAAUUUUUUUGUUUUAAAUACAUUUGAUAGAUUUAAGGAGAUGGAUAUUUAA